UUGUUGUACAAUACGUGCGUGGCUCAGUGGCUGGUAAAAGUGAGGCUGGCAAGUUGAUCAGGUUCAAUUCGAACGCCACUAAUUGGGUCUCAGCUUUACUUACCUUACCUAGCAAACUAGAACCAGUAUCGGAAUAUCAACAUACUGUCUUCCGCUCAGGCCAGGCACAUAUGGUGUGAUGUGGUCAGGUGUCGCGAUUAUUGACUACCAGGAAGCCUGGCUACCUUAUCCCGGCUUUCAUUGAGAUAGAGUCAUAGUCGUGUGGUCCUGUGGUCCUUGUAGCUGACGCCAACCUUCGGGCUCGCCAUCAUCAUGGCUAAGGAUGAGAACCGCAGGAAGCUUGAUGAUUGGAGGGUCAUACAACAUCGAGGCCGCCACAAAGUAUUGAAGGCAUCUAAAGAUCCAGUCGCCCGGGCUAAGUUCAUUUCUGAGAUGCCGUCUCCGAGACCCGUGAUACUCCACAUUUCAGAGGCCGAUCGAACUUCGGCCUUGGCUUCCCUUCCGGCAUUCCUCUUCAGAAGCCCCGCAAUAGAGCCGGAUCCACGCCGAAACUCUCAUCAACCUUAUUACUCCUUCCUAACAAGUUUCCCGCCCGAGAUACGUAAUGUUAUAUAUCAAUAUGCUAUUGACUAUCCCUCGUGCCGGAACUUAUACGAUUACUACUACGACCAAAGGGAGAAAGCCAUAUCAAAGAUCGAACUACGACCACGUUCUACUAACCCUAGACUCUCACAUUCUUCUAAGUUCAUCCUUAGGACACCUACUAUUCUGCUUCUAUGCAAACAGAUUACGCGAGAAGCAUUAAGCCUCCUCUACCUUCAGCCCUUCGUUAUCGACCGUAUCCCGCCAUGGAUCAUGGGCCACCCAGCACCUCUCUCCUUACUCAAUUUCAUUAGCCAGUCUACCUUGCAGAACCUUCGAUUCGUGCAAAUCAAGAUCCCCCUCGGCGAAAAUGCGUAUGUCAGGAGCGGGAAGGUUUGGCUUGAAUUCCUACAUGAUGUGUUGAAUGCCUGGUCUGAACGAAAUUCCCUCAUCCGCCUCCAGAUCAUGUUCAAGAUUUCCAACGUCACGGGGCGUAAUUUAUGGUCCUAUGAACUAGAAGAUUAUGAAAAGCUUCUAGAGAAGCUUAGUUAUUUCGAGUUCAAGCAUGGCUUGAAGCCUGGCCUGAUCCGCUGGGAACAUUGGGUCAUUGACCUCGCAUACGCCUACAAAGUUGGAUUCCGAAACCCUGUUGUUCGGGUUCAUCCUGAUCCAUAUAUUUGGCAAGGAAGUGUCAUUGAGUGGCUUUAACAAACUUUACUCGAGCAUAAUGGCAGAUAUUUAGUAGGAAGUGAGUGGAAACGGAGGACAAGUCCUGUCUACCUCUAGGUAUGUCAGGCAAGAAUACAAGUAGGCAGAAUUUCUACGAAUUUGCGGUUAUGAUGGCGUUUGGAGGACAUAUACCCAGAUGUGUGCGCAUGGUCUUUACGGCGAGUCCUUUUUCGAAAGAUUGCCAGGUUGCAAUUACAAUCAUAGCCUAUGACCAUAUUAAUAAUUGCAGAAAUUUCAUAACGAAUGAUUAACCAACCAUACAAUAAGCCAGUCGUAUCAACCAACCACUCGGGAUCCCCACAAGAUAUUCUAAGCUGAAUCCGCGACACCCUGGCUGCAUAACCAGCGACCCAAAG